CAGGCACAAGGUGUAUGAAACAGAACACCCGUGUUAUAACGACUGUCGUUCCCCCCCACGUGAGGAUGAACAAAUUACACCUAUUCAUUCAAUAACCCACAAAGUUACAUUGCCCCAACAGGUGGAACUUUAUACGACUUCCUCAUGUCUCAGUCUUCACCAUUAAAGGAGGAAAACGUGACCAACUUGUUCAUGCAGAUUGUGGUUGCGUUACACCACAUACACACUAUGAAUAUUCUACACAGAGAUAUUAAGCCUCAGAAUAUUCUUUUGGAUCGAAAAUGUAAAGUUUGUAAAUUGUCCGACUUCGGAAUCUCUAAGGUUUUGAACACGAAGACCAAAGCUUUCACGGUAGUAGGCACCCCGUGUCAUAUAUCACCGGAGUUAUCUUGA